ACAUUUAUUUCUACUGCUUCAUGUCUUAUUGUGUUUUCUAUUUUUCUAUGUAGUGUUUAGUGACCGCUCAGUAGUGUUUUUGAGUUUGACUCGGGGCACGAUUUGACAACAUAGUUCAGUUUUAGGCAGAUUAAACUGUUUUGAGGGGAGAGUUUGGUUUUCUAGAAGAGUCUGCGGUUUUGUGAAUGUAGCUUGAAAGCUGGGUUUUGUGUUCACAGUUUGAAGAAAAGGAGAGAAGCUUUCGAGAAAUGUGUCUUAGCAAUCGUGAAAAACUGUGAAGACUUGUUACUGGAGCUCGUUGCCAUGGAAACAGAAGCAAGACUGAGUCUACGCCCUGAGAUUUAAAGAAAGCAAAGAAACAUCUGUGAGAUUCAAACAGGGAUUGUGAUGGAAAGAAUCUCAAGCAGAGCAGUGAUGCCUGAAAAGAGGAUCCUUCAACCAGAUGACCCCAGAGGACUCGAUUUGAUGCCCCCCAUACCUGCAGCAUCCGCUCCAGAGCUGGAGCAGACAUCAGACUGUAAAGAUCCCAUGUUACCAGAAGAUGUUCAGCAGUUGGUGGUGAUUAAAGAAGAGGUUCCCUGGAGCUCCAGUCUGAACCAGCCGGACCCAGAACCUCUACACAUAAAAAAGGAAGAGGAGGAGCUUUGGCUCAGUCAGGAGGACGAGCAGCUUGAUGGACAGAAGGAGACUGAUAUCACUGCUGUUAUUGUUAAGAGUGAAGAUGAUGAAGAGAAACUUCAGUCCUCACAGCUGCAUCAAACUAAAUCUGAGAGAGAGGCCGAGCCUCCAACCAGCAGCUCAGAUAAACAGAUUAAAACAGAACCAGAUAGUAACUUCCAGCCAAAUACUGAUGAGAAAGCUUUAGAGUUUAUAAAAACUGAAGUCGGUAUUGAUGGAAACUGUGAUAAUGAUAAUAUCUGGCAGGAACCUUUAUCGAAUUCUGGACCUGAGACAGAAGACAAAGACACCAGUUGGAAGGACACAACACACGAGUCAGGUGUAACCAGCAAUGAGGGAUGUAAAACUUCCAGAAAGUCCUUCCGCUGUGCGGACUGUGGAAAGCAGUAUCUUUAUAAGCAGUCUCUGCAGAGACACAUAAAACAUAACUCGGGUAAAAGUUCUCCCAGAUGUUUGAUUAAUGAGAGCGUGAAGCAAAAUCUAACCCAGUCAGAAAAAGCGCUGAGCUGCUAUAUGUGUGGUAAACUUUUCACCCGAAAGACAGAUCUGAAGAUGCACGUCAGAGUCCACACAGGCGAGAAACCAUAUGGCUGUGAGGUCUGUGGUAAAAGAUUUAGACAAGGGGCACAUCUUAAGACUCAUAUGAUUGUCCACACAGGAGAACAGCCGUUUGGUUGUGACGUUUGUGGACAAAAGUUUAAACGAAAGACAAAUCUUAAGGGACACAUGAGGGUCCACACCGGCGAGAAGCCAUUUGGCUGUGAGGUUUGUGGAAAAAGAUUUAAGCAUGAGACUAAUCUGAAGGGACAUAUGAGAGUGCACACCGGUGAGAAACCUUUCGGCUGUGAUGUAUGUGGAAAAAAAUUUAAACAAGAGACAACUCUUAAGGGACACAUGAGAGUCCACACAGGAGAGAAGCCAUUUGGUUGUGAAGUUUGUGGCAGUAGAUUUAAACAAAAGAUAAAUCUUAAAACUCACAUGAUCACUCACACAAAAGAAAAGCCAUUUAGUUGUGACUUUUGUGGACAAAGAUUUAACCGUCAGACAAACCUCAAGAAGCAUGAGGGAAUCCACACGGGAAAGAAGCCUUUGAGUUGUGAUGUAUGUGGACUGAGUUUUAACUGGAACACAAAUCUCAAGAAACACAUGAAAAUCCACACAGGAGAGAAGACUUUAUUACGCAUGUGGCAGGGCAUCCAGGUCAUCAGUGACUACAAAUCGGGUAACUCAUCCAUGAUCACCACAGAUGUUUCCUUUUUAAAUGAGUUAAAUGACUUCUUUGCUCGUUUUGACGGGGAUAACACUGUAGCAGUCACCAGCACUCGGCUCCCAGCAGACCAUCAGCCCCUCACACUCACCACUGCAGACGUCUGCACCACACUGAAACAGAUCAACGCACGCAAGGCUGCUGGCCCAGACGGCAUCCCUGGUCGUGUGCUCAGAGCAUGUGCGGAGCAGCUCGCAGAGGUCUUCACGGACAUCUUCAACCUGUCCCUUACCCAAGCAGCUGUGCCAACAUGCCUCAAAUCCACCUCCAUUGUACCGGUACCAAAACACUCCAGUCCGGCAUGCCUGAAUGACUACCGGCCAGUCGCACUCACACCCAUUGUGAUGAAGUGCUUCGAGCGGCUAGUCCUGUCACAUCUGAAGAGCUGCCUUUCACCCACACUGGACCCACAUCAGUUUGCCUACCGCAGCAAUAGGAGUACAGAGGAUGCAGUCUCCACAGCGCUGCACUCUGUGCUCACACAUCUGGACAAUACCAAUACAUACGCACGGAUGCUGUUUGUUGACUUCAGCUCAGCAUUCAACACUGUCAGACCCUCCAGGUUAAUCACUAAACUUGGAGACUUGGGCAUCACCACCCCCCUCUGCUUCUGGAUAAAGGACUUUCUGACCAACAGACCUCAGCAUGUUAGGUCAGGCAACACCUGCUCCUCCACCAUCACACUCAACACAGGCGUACCGCAGGGCUGUGUGCUGAGCCCAUUCCUGUAUUCUCUCUUCACCCACGACUGCAGGCCUGUACAUGGAUCCAACUCCAUCAUCAAGUUUGCUGACGACACCACGGUGAUCGGCCUCAUCAGCAACAACGAUGAGUCGGCCUACAGGGAGGAGGUUCAGCACCUGGCCACGUGGAGGGAGAGAGGAGGCACACAUGACCCCAUCCACAUCGACGGGAUGGCAGUUGAACGUGUCUCCAGCUUCAAGUUCCUGGGGAUCCACAUCUCGGAGAACCUGAAUUGGACCACCAACACCUCCAGCCUUGCGAAGAAGGCUCACCAGCGCCUCUUCUUCCUGAGGACGCUGAAGAAACACCACCUGUCUUCAGCCAUCCUGGUGAACUUUUACCGCUGUGCGAUUGAGAGCAUCCUGACCAGCUGUGUCACGGUCUGGUAUGGGAACUGCUCUGUCGCAGAUCGCAAGGCGCUGCAGCGGGUGGUGAAAACUGCCCAACGCAUCACAGGGUCUCCACUUCCAGCCCUCGAGGAAGUCCAGAGGAAACGCUGUCUGCGUCGAGCUCGCAGCAUCCUCAAAGACUCAUCCCACCCUGCACAUGGACUGUUUGCACUCCUGCCGUCUGGCAGGCGCUUCAGAAGCCUCAGGACAAAGACCAGCAGGCUGAGGAACAGCUUCUUCCCCAGAGCUAAGGAGACGUUUACCUGUGCGGUCGGAGGAGGAGGAGACUUUUACCUGUGCGGUCGGAGGAGGAGACGUUUACCUGUGCGGUCUGAGGAGGAGGAGACGUUUACCUGUGCGGUCGGAGGAGGAGAGACUUUUAUCUGUGCGGUCGGAGGAGGAUACUUUUACCUGUGCGGUCGGAGGAGGAGGAGACUUUUACCUGUGCGGUCGGAGGAGGAGGCGUUUACCUGUGCGGUCGGAGGAGGAGAGACUUUUAUCUGUGCGGUCGGAGGAGGAGGAGACGUUUACCUGUGCGGUCGGAGGAGGAGGAGACGUUUACCUGUGCGGUCGGAGGAGGAGGAGACUUUUACCUGUGCGGUCGGAGGAGGAGGAGACUUUUACCUGUGCGGUCUGAGGAGGAGGAGACUUUUACCUGUGCGGUCUGAGGAGGAGGAGACUUUUACCUGUGCGGUCGGAGGAGGAGACUUUUACCUGUGCGGUCUGAGGAGGAGACUUUUACCUGUGCGGUCGGAGGAGGAGACUUUUACCUGUGCGGUCGGAGGAGGAGACUUUUACCUGUGCGGUCGGAGGAGGAGGAGACUUUUACCUGUGCGGUCGGAGGAGGAGGAGACUUUUACCUGUGCGGUAGGAGGAGGAGACUUUUACCUGUGCGGUCGGAGGAGGAGACUUUUACCUGUGCGGUCGGAGGAGGAGGAGACGUUUACCUGUGCGGUCGGAGGAGGAGACUUUUACCUGUGCGGUCGGAGGAGGAGACUUUUACCUGUGCGGUCGGAGGAGGAGGAGGAGACGUUUACCUGUGCGGUCGGAGGAGGAGAGUUUUACCUGUGCGGCCGGAGGAGGAGGAGACGUUUACCUGUGCGGUCGGAGGAGGAGACGUUUACCUGUGCUGUCGGAGGAGGAGGAGACUUUUACCUGUGCGGUCGGAGGAGGAGGAGACUUUUACCUGUGCGGUCGGAGGAGGAGGAGACUUUUACCUGUGCGGUCGGAGGAGGAGGAGACUUUUACCUGUGCGGUCGGAGGAGGAGGAGACGUUUACCUGUGCGGUCGGAGGAGGAGAUGUUUACCUGUGCUGUCGGAGGAGGAGGAGGCGUUUACCUGUGCGCUGCUGGUUUGGGACCAAGUGGAACCACAAGCAGAAUGACAAUGCCUGAAAAAUGGAGUCUUCAACCAGAUGACCCUAGAGGGCUCCGUUUGAUGCCCUCCAUACCUGCAGCAUCCACAUCAGAGCUGGAGAACACACGAGACAACAAAGCUCUCGUGUUGCCAGACGAUGUUCAGCAGCUGGUGGUGAUGAAGGAAGAGGUUCCUUGGAGCUCCAGUCUGGACCAGCAGGAUCCUGAACCCCUCUGUAUAAAGGAGGAAGAGGACGAAUUCUGGAUCAGUCAGGAGGAAGAGCAGCUUGAUGGACAGAGGGAGACUGAUAUCAGCAGGUUCUCGUUAAAUCUUGUCACUGUGAAGAGUGAAGAUGAUGAAGAGGAGCCUCAGUUCUCACACCUUCGUCAAAUCAAAGCUGAAGACCGCAGAGAGACGGAGCCUCCAGGCUGCAGCUCAGCUAAAGCAGUGAAAACAGAAACUGGUGAAGAGGACUACGGAGGACCAGGACCAGCCAGAAACCUAAAGCAUUAUACACAAAGAAAUACCAGCGAGAAGGUUUCAGCCUUUUUUGAGACUGAAGUUAGCAUUGAUGGAAAUCAGAAUAACGACGACAAUGAUGGUGAAGAUGUUUGGCAGGAACCUUUGUCAAAUUCUGAAUCUGACGCUGAAGACAGCGACAUUAGUUGGAAGGAGACCACAGCAUCUAAUGUACGACGUAAAACCUCCAAAAAUUCUUUCCGCUGUUCAGAUUGUGGUGAUCUGUUUCUCAAUAAGCCGUCUCUGCAGAGACACGCGAGCUCAUGCGUCUCCGCUUCCUCCAGCUGUUUGGUUAAUGACACACACAGUGCAGAUUCACAAAUGAUUAUCCACUCAGAAGAGAAAUCAUUGAAUUGUUAUUUUUGUGAUAAGCAAUUCACCCGAAAGACAGAUCUUAAGAUACACCUAAGAGUUCACACCGGAGAGAAGCCGUUUGGGUGUGACGUUUGUGGCAAGAGGUUUAAUCAAAGUGGACCCCUGAAGAAACACAUAAGAGUCCACACAGGAGAGAAACCAUACGGCUGUGAGGUCUGUGGUAAAAGAUUUAAACAAGGGACGCAUCUGAAGACACACAUGAUUGUCCACACAGGAGAGGAGCCAUUUGGUUGUGAUGUUUGUGGACAAAAGUUUAAAAAAAAGACGACUCUAAAGGGACACAUGAGCGUCCACACAGGAGAGGAACCAUUUGCAUGUGAAGUUUGUGGAAAAAAAUUUAAGCAUAAGACCAAUCUGAAGAGACACAUGAGAAUCCACACUGGUGAAAAACCAUUUUGUUGUGAUGUUUGCGGACAAAAGUUUAUUCAAGAGACCAACCUGAAGGAGCACAUGAGAAUCCACACGGGAGAAAAACCGUUCGAGUGCGACGUUUGCGGCAGUAGAUUCAAACAAAAGGUCAUUCUUAAAAAGCACAUGAUCACGCACACGGGGGAAAAACCGUUCGGCUGCGAAAUAUGUGGACAAAGAUUUAAUGAAAAGACAAAUCUAACAAAACACAUGAGAAUCCACACCGGAGAGAAACCGUUCGGCUGCGACGUCUGUGGACAAAGAUUCAACCGGAGCACAAAUCUGAAGAGACACAUGAGAAUCCACACGGGCGAACGACCGUUUGCUUGUUAUGUUUGUGGACAAAACUUUAUGCAAGAGACAAAUCUAAAGUCCCACAUGAGAAUCCACACAGGUGAGAAACCGUUUGAGUGUGAGGUUUGUGGCAGUAGAUUUAAACACAAAAUAAAUCUUAAAACACACAUGAUCACUCACACGGGGGAAAAACCCUUCGCCUGUGAUUUUUGUGGACAAAGAUUUAACGUAAAGACAAAUCUAACGAAACAUAAGAGAAUCCACACCGGAGAGAAACCGUUCGGCUGCGACGUCUGUGAGCAAAGGUUUAACUGGAAAACGAACCUGCGGAAGCACAUGUUCGUCCACACAGGAGAGAAGCCGUUCAGCUGUGACGUGUGCGAACAAAAGUUCAGCCAGAACGCAACGCUAAAGAAACACAUGAGGAUCCACACAGGAGAAAAGCCGUUCGGUUGCGACGUUUGUGGGAAAAGAUUUAAUCAGAAGUCAAACCUCAAUGCACACAUGAACGUUCAUGCAAACAAAAUUACUAUUGUGCUUGUCCACGACUUGACUCAGAGCACAGCCCGGAGGAACACCAGUCCUGAGGAUGUGGAGGUGCCCAUCCUCACAUGCUGGGGUCUGUUAGUCAGGAAGUCCUUGAUCCACAGACAGAGGCUCUGCAGUGUCUGCAGUUUGUGGGUCAGUCGGCUGGGGCUGAUGGAGUUAGAUGCCGAGCUGAAGUCAACAAAGAGCAUCCUGACAUCUGAGAAAACCUACAGAAACAUCUCUGAGCUGCAAACUGGUAUUGUGAAGAGGAAAAUCAGAGGUGGAACGGGGAUGCCUCAGAGGAAGAUCCUUCACCCAGAUGACCCCAGAGGGUUCGGUUUGAUACGUGCAGCAUCCACAUCAGAACUGGAGGAGAUACAAGACGACAAAGACCUCAUGUUGCCUGCUGAUGUCCAGAAAGUUUUGGUGAUUAAAGAAGAGGUUCCCUGGAGCCCCAGUCUGGAUGAGCAGGGCCCUGAGUCCCUCCACAUAAAGGAGGAAGAGGAGGCGCUCUGGACCAGUCAGGAGGAAGAACAGCUUCAUAGACAGAAAGAGACUGGUACCAGCAGGUUCUCGUUAAAUAUCGUCACUGUAAAGAGUGAAGAUGAUGAAGAGGAACCUCAGUGCUCACAGCUUCAUCAAAUAAAAAAUGAAAACAAAGAGACGGAACCUCUGAUCAGCUGUUCAGCGACAUGGAUGAAAACAGAUGAAAGAGGACCAGAACCAGCCAGAAAACCAGACCCAGACAGUCUUUUACCACCAGAUGCUGGUGGCAAAGUUUUAGAGUCUUCAGAGACUGAAGUCAGUGACAGUGAUCACUGGCAGAAAUUAUAUCCUGGGCCUGAUACCAAUGACGGUGACACAGAGCUGAAACAGACCGAGUCGGAUCUAAAUCAGGAUGUAGGUCGUAACGCGGCUAAGCGAUCCUUCAUUUGCUUUGACUGCGGUAAACAGUUUGUCUACAAGCAGUCUCUUAAAUCCCACAUUAGAGUCCACACGGGUGAGAGACCGUUCAGCUGCGAUGUCUGUGGCAAAAGAUUUAACCGAAAAACUCAUCUGAAGACUCACCUGAGAGUCCACACCGGAGAAAAACCUUUCGGCUGUGAUGUUUGUGGUAAAAGGUUUAGCGAGAGACGAACUCUUUUAAAUCACGCGAGAUACCACACCGGUGAGAAACCGUUUGUCUGUGAUGACUGUGGCAAAAGAUUCAACACAAACAUGAAUCUCAAGGCGCAUGUGAGAGUUCAUACAGGAGAAAAACCAUUCGGCUGUAACGUUUGUGGUAAAAGAUUUAAACAAAAGGCCACUCUUAAGACCCACAGGAGAGUCCACACAGGUGAGAAACCAUUCGGCUGUGACGUUUGUGGUAAAAGAUUUAGCGAGCGAGGAACUCUUUCCAGUCACAUGAGAGUCCACACCGGUGAGAAGCCUUAUGCAUGUCAUGAAUGUGGAAAAAGAUUCAACACAAACACAAACCUUAAGGCACACGUGCGAGUUCACACAGGGGAGAAACCUUACGGCUGCAAGGUUUGUGGUAAGAGAUUUAACCAAAAUGCAACACUUAAGAAGCACAUUAGAGUCCACACAGGACAGAAACAUUAUGCUUGUGAUAUUUGUAGUAAAGAAUUUAACAAAAAGACGCUUCUUAACUCACAUAUGACAGUACAUACAGAAGAGAAAAUAAUCAGCCUUAACGACUGUGGAAGAUUGUUUAACCAAAAUACAAAUUUUGAACAUCUAAAUGAUGAUAGUAUGAAGACUAAAGAUGCAUCACAUGAAGACUUUCCUCACACAGCGACUGGACGAGUCUCAAAGACUGCUACUAAGGAGGAGGAGGGCUCUCUGAAUCAGCCGUGUGCUGCACAGCAGGUGGUGUUUGAGACGGGAUGUACUACAGUGAACACAAGGAUAAUAAUCGGCGUGGCCUUUCCCAGGUGGAAAUUACUGAGGGACAAGUGUUUUCAGAGAGACACCGAAGCUAAUUUCAGCUGGACAGAAACAUCUCUGAGCUGCAGUCGAGGUUGUGAAGUGGGGAUGCCUCGAAGGAAGAGCCUUCAACCAGACGACCCCAGAGGACUGGGGUUGGAGCCCCCCAUACCUGCAGCAUCCACAUCAGAACUGGAGCAGACGGAAGAUGGCAAAAACCUCAUGUUACCUGCAGAUGUCCAGAAGGUGAUAGUGAUUAAAGAGGAGGUGCCCUGGAGCUCCAGUCUGGACAAGCAGGACCCAGAACCCCUCCACUUCAAGGAAGAGGAGCAGGAACUUUGGACCAGUCAGGAGAGAGAACAGCUUAAUGGAAAGAAGGAAAGUGAUAUCAGCAAGUUCCCAUUCACAGUUGUCACUGUGAAGAGUGAAGAUGAUGAAGAGGAACCCCAGUUCUCACAGUUUAAUCAAAUAAAAAAUGAAGGCCGCAGAGAGACGAAGCCUCUAACCAGGAGCUCAGAUAAACAAAUGGAAGCAGAAAGUGGUGGAGAGGACUGUGGACCAGAACCAACCAUGGAGCCCGAUCCAAAUAAUAAUUUACAAACAGGUGAAAAGGACUGCUGCGAGACGGAAGUCAGUGUAGAUGAUGACGACUGGCAGGACUCUUGGUCAGAUUCUGUACCUGAAACUCAAACCAGUGAGAAAAAUGGGAAACAAGCAAUGGUACCAGAGUCUGGAGAAAACCAUGAUGGAGGUUGUAACACUGCCAAAAAGUCCUUCAGCUGCUCUGAGUGCAGCAAACAGUUUGUUAACAAGCAGUCGUUCAAGUCACACAUGAGAAUCCACAGAGGGGAGCAGCCGUUUGCCUGCAUCUGCUGUGGGAAAAGAUUUAAUCACAACUCGCAUCUUAAAACGCACAUGAGAGUCCACACGGGGGAGAAACCGUUUAGCUGCGACAUCUGCAGGAAACGAUUUAGUGAGCGAGGAAGUCUUUCCAGUCACAUGAGAGUCCACACGGGAGAGAAGCCGUUCGGCUGCCAUGUUUGUGGUAAAACAUUCAGCGAGCGAGGAAGUCUUUCCAGUCACAUGAGAGUCCACACCGGUGAGAAGCCGUUUGCCUGCGAGGACUGCGGAAAAAGAUUUAAUCAAAAUGCAAAUCUUAAGACGCACAUGAGAGUCCACACGAGAGAAAAGCCAUUUGUCUGUGAUGUGUGCGGUAAAAGCUUCAACCGAAAGGCACAUGUUAAGAUGCACAUGAGAGUCCACACAGGAGAGAAGCCGUUUGGUUGCGAUGUUUGUGGUAAGAGAUUCAACCGAAAUGCUCAUCUAAAGACGCACAUGAGAGGCCACACCGGAGAGAAGCCGUUCGGCUGUGACGUCUGUGGGAAAAGAUACGGCGAGCGAGCGACUCUCUCCUGUCACAUGAGAGUCCACACCGGAGAGAAGCCUUUCGCCUGCGGUGACUGUGGAAAAAGAUUUAAUUAUAAGUCACAUUUUAAGAAACAUGUAAGAGUACACUCACAGGAGCUGCCAUUUGAGUUCAGUGAUUUUGGAAAAGGACUGAGCAAAGUUCCAGACCUUAAUCCUUCCAUCCCUGGGUCGGUGUGAGGUGUAGUUUACCUAAACGGAGCUAACAGUAAUCUCACGACAUAAGUGUCUUUGCAAUGAUCUUUAUGGAUCGCUGUAAGGAGUAACGUAUGAAUAUAAAUCUAAUAAAUAUUAUUCCCCCACUUUUUGGCAGAUUUGGAUACAAUGUGUCACGAAUGUGAGCUCUAGUCACAAUCUACCUUCCAAAACCUGUUUUCCAGCAGCAGCAACCCACCAGCUACAUGCUACCAUUUCCACUUUCAUUUAGUUCCCCCUAGAACACAACUCUAGAAACAAAGUUGUGCAAGUGUGCACCUUUUAGUCCUGACUGGUACCUUAUAUAAGCAUCCUGGUGAAUGAAAUGAUAAGUUUUAAUUGGAAAACUU